AUGUCGCGCCCAGGACAGGACUUCAAGCCACUGGUCGCUCCUCAAAGCGAACGUCCACGAUCCCGAUUCUUCGGCCCCGCUGCAUUUGAAUCACUUCUCCGAGACCAGGCCUCGUUAUCAACAUGGUUAUGCGUUGGUGCACUCGUUCAGGGAGCUCUCAUUCUGCUCGUAGGCCGCAUCGCUCUUCUACCAGCCGCCGCAUUGAUCCUCUACCGCGCCCUCGACUCCUACGCAAUGUCCGUGGGCUGGAAACGAAACACAUACAUGGACGGCGUCCUCAUGAAAAAGUUCAGCGCCCAAAUCCCCGACGAACUUGGGAACUACGGCAACAAGCCCGCCGACACCGACGUGGUCGUCUUCCUCAUCGGCACGCGAAGCAACCAUCCCUACGGCAUGCUCGCCCCCGGCUUCGAGCAGUCCGGCAAAUACUUCUCCUCGCUCGCGCAAAGCCUCGAAGACCACGCCGAGGAAUUCGGCUUCCUCGGCAUGACCUCCUGGCUCAACUCCGCCGACCGCUCGAGCAAAUCCGAAAUCAUGCAGGUCUGCUACUUCCGCAACAUGGAAGGGCUUCACGCCUUCGCGCACAGCGAGGACCACCGCCAGGCGUGGGAUUGGUGGAACCGCACCGUCAAGCAGAACCCGCAUCUCUCGAUCUGGCAUGAGACGUAUCAUGUGCCGAAGGGCCAUUGGGAGAAUAUCUAUGUCAAUUCGCAUCUUAGUGGGAUUACGUCUUUGACUAGCAGGUUUACGGAUAAGGAGACGGGGCAGGAUAUGUGGGCUAGCGGGGUGGUGGAUGCGAGUAAGGGAUUGUUGAAGACGAGUGCUGGGAGAAUGAGUAGGAGUAAGGCGGAUGAUCACGAUAAGUAUGGGGAGGAUCCGUACUGA